AUGAAGCUGUUAAUCUUUAUUUUGCUGGUAGCUGCAGUGGUCUGUGUGCCAAUCCAACACAGUCAGAAACGCCAGAAAGCGAAUAAACUUCUGUUGAUAUCUUUCGAUGGGUUUCGUUGGGAUUACGACCAGGAUGUGGAGACACCACAUUUGGACUAUUUAGUCUCAAAGGGAGUGAAGGCAAAAUAUAUUAACCCCCCCUUUGUAACCAUGACAUCGCCUUCACAUUUCACAACUAUCACAGGACGAUGGAUUGAAGAUCAUGGAGUGGUCCACAAUAUGUAUUUCAACACUACCACGCUAUUAAAACUACCACACAAACUCACGUUAGGAGAGACACAGUGGUGGGAUAAUGGAGUACUCCCACUUUGGAUCACCGCUCAAAACCAGGGCAGAAAGGUAGCUUCAUUCCAUUAUCCUGGAGGAAAUGUGACCUAUGGUGGGCAAGCAAUAUAUCGAUCCCUCAAGGAGUCACUUACUCACCCAGAUGCUAAUGAGACAGAGUGGAGGCUGAACAUCGACAUUGUCUUGGGAUGGUUUGCAAAAGAAGACUUUGAUUUUGUAACACUUUACUACGGAGAACCUGAUAACGUUGGGCACAGAAAAGGACCAGAAACAGAGGAGAGACGAGCUAUUAUUCGUCAGAUUGAUAGAACCAUUGGCUACCUAAUAGACAGCAUUGAGAGAUAUAACCUGAAGGAUAAGCUGAAUGUUAUAAUAACUUCAGACCAUGGGAUGACAACAAUAAAGAAAGCCCCUGACGUGAAUGAAAUUAGACUGUCAAAAUUUAUCAGUUUCAAAAAUAUUAAGCUUGAGUUAUUGGACUAUGGUGGUUUUGGGAUGAUUCUACCAAAGGAAGGGAAGACCGAAGAAAUCUACCAAGGACUAAAGAAUGCCCACCCUCAUCUAAACGUCUAUAAAAAGGAGGAAUUUCCUGAAAGAUUUCACUAUAGUAAAAAUGAUCGCGUUUUGCCAAUCCUUGUUUAUGGAGAUCUUGGCUACAAUGUGAAUGGGAGAAUCAUACUUUAUAUCAAUAGAGGAGAUCAUGGAUUUGACAACACGGAAAUGGACAUGAAGAUGUUUUUCCGAGCUUUUGGCCCCGACUUUAAAAGCGGUUACCUAUCGGAGCCUUUUGACAGUGUUCAUAUAUAUCCUUUAAUGUGCAACUUAUUAGGAGUCAAGCCUGAACCUAACAAUGGAUCAUUGGCAAUCACUGAAGGAAUGUUGUUCAAUUCAUUUGAAAAUUCAGACCUUGAAGUGGUGUCCUUGAGAUCGGAUCGACUUUCUGGAAUCAUCGGGUUAAGUGCUGUCGCCACAUUCCUCUUCUUAGUCGCUGUCAUACAUGUGGCCUACUACGCUGUUCUUAGAAGCAAAAGAGUUCUACCUGGCCAGUGCACCCAGCAUCCCUUGCUGUUUGGCCAAAUUAGCAAUCUCUGUGUUUUAGCAGCCAGGAGGCUGCUACAGAAUGAAGGAAUGGGAGAUACCAACAUGUUCCUAGUGUCAAACCCCAUUAGUUAA